AAAGCUGUGCAGAGACAAAGUGCUGACUGACCUGCAGACAGGAGCAAACACAAGGCAGAGAAAAGGAAUCACACCGAGGCGCUCAUGGCGAGCAACAACACGGCGAGCAUCGCUCAGGCCAGGAAGCUGGUGGAGCAGCUGAAGAUGGAGGCCAACAUCGACAGGAUAAAGGUGUCUAAAGCGGCGGCGGACCUGAUGUCGUACUGCGAAGCUCACGCCAAAGAGGACCCUCUGCUGUCGCCGGUUCCCGCCUCGGAGAACCCGUUCCGGGAGAAGAAGUUCUUCUGUGCCAUCCUGUAAAACCCGGUCACUCGUGGGACUUUUGAACGUGGACGUUCAGAAUAACGUAGAAAUCUUCUAGUAGGAGGGCGAGGCGUUCACUGCCCCCCCCCCUCCUGUUCUCGAGCGGCACCUUAAGAGUUUACAUGUAACGUUAAAGGGUUGUGAUUGUGGUUUUUUGAGGGGUGUUGUUGCAGCAUGUUGAAGGGUCUGUGCUUUUAGAUGACACAAAGAGGAAGAUGAUGACGAUGAUGGACAACCUACUGAGUCUUCAGGUUGUGAUGUGUACAAAAAAUAGAUAAAAUAAGAAUAAAUAUAUAUCGUGGUUCUUUUUCUGGACUUCCAAAUGUUUCUGUUUUGUUGUCGGUGGCUAACUAAAACUACACGCCACCAUGUUUUUUUACGUUUACCUAUAGAUAUCUUUCUAUAACUGUACGUGAAACUGAUGUUUUUUGUUUUUACAACAGGUUAGUGGAAGCUUUUUUAAUGGGAAACGUUUGUUUUUCUUCUUCUUCUUCGUGUAUAUCAACAUCUAUCUGGCAAAAUGUGAUGCAGUUUGUCUCCCUUAGAAACAAAACCCUCUUUCUACUGUUUGUAUAAAACUGACUAGCAAGUAAACUGUGCUGUGCUGUGAGGUCUGGAUGUUUGUGUUUGUAUCUUUAACUUUCUGCAUGAAAUGGACAAACUUCUCUUUUUCCUUUCAUGUGGAGAUUGUAUGAAACAGGCUCCAUGUGGAGGUGCCAAAACGUAUUAAAAACCAGAAUGAUUCAA